UUGUUUGGAGAAUGCAUCUAGAAACGAGUCUGGCAGUUAAAAGGAACACUGUUGUUCAAAAAGGUUCUACAAUCUCGUGUCUCCACUUGGUACCAACAAUUAUUUGUUUUCUUCUUUAAACUAAAUCGACGCCGAAAAUCACUUUGAGACCUUAGUUCGUCGAGCCUUCCUAAAGCUGUAAAUUCCCGAAAUGUCGCUCCUGUUGCACGUGCGGCCGGUUCGUAAAAUGCACCUGUGUACCGUUACCCGUUCGCUUUACCAUCAAGGUGUAGCGACCAACUUGAAAGCCCUGACUGAAGGGGUCAAAAUUGGAACAGCUAUGGAUGCCAAUUGUGAUCAACAAAUAAUUGAUUUUGUAUAUGACAACACUUAUCCGAGAACUAGUGAACGAAAACCAAUCGGAAUAGGCCUCGGGGCAUUCAGCUUGAUAGAAGACAUCCGUCGUUUCCUUAGUGAACGUGUUUCUCUUGUGGCAAUUGACACUGAUAAAGAUCGGGUCGUUGGUGUUGCCAUUAAUAGCGUUUUGGCUGACAUGAAGCUUUUUGACCGCCCCACGGCUAAUAACGGCGUCAAAGCCUUUCGUUCCUGUGUGAAAAAGUUGCAAAUGGCCGAAAACGUCCUCCAAAGAAAGAAAGAGAAACGAGGAAUGGAUCUCGUUUAUCUAGGAGUAAAAGAAUGCUUUGAACGACGAGGAUUGGCCUUAAAUCUGGCACAACAUUCGAUUCGAUUGGCUCGAGAAAGACAAUUGGAUUUCAUUCAGAGUGCCACAAUAUGCCCUCAAACGCUCAACAUUCUCGAACGUUUGAAAUUCGAAACAUUGAACAAGUGUAAAUUGAUGGAUCAUUGGAUUGAGGAAGAAAAGGCCUUUCCAAAUGCUGGCCCGGAUGAUUUCGUUUACCUUACAUUUAAGAUGUUGUAGUAUAAUUUGAUGUCAGUAUUUAUGACAUCAUUUUUUGGGUAUGUCCCUGCUGCCACUAAAAUAGAAUGAUGUUCUCCAGUAUUUCUAAAUGAUUUUAGAUACAUUCACGUGGAAUUAAAUUUAUUGUUAAAUUGAAAGAUGACAUACUACGCUAGAAUUUCUUGUAAACUGAGCUACACUCUGAAUCAUCAAAACGUUUCUGUACACUUUCAAUUUUCCAAUCAUGGAGUAUCUGUAAUCCAUAGAAACAGUGACACAUUAAAAAUACAUUGGUCCUGCUUUCAGAUAAAAAGAAA